GUCGGAGGGGUUGCUCGUUGACCAUCAAAUCCGUAGCAAACGACCUUAUUUAGAGGCCUUGUCAACCCUCUUCAAAAGUGGCAUAGAAUAGCAUAUUCACUUUCAAAGAACAAUUAUAUCUUACUCUCAUAUUGGUCUACUUUAUUUGUCUCGAGAUCAUCCUCCUACGUGAACGACUCUCCAGUCAUUGACAUCUUGAACUUUCCAUCCCACCUCACCACUGAGUGACGUCAUCAUAUACUACCUCAUCUCACGCGACAGCUUCUAGACCUCCCCACUGCUUUCCAACUUCCUUUCCUCCCUCAUACUUUUACCUCCAAACCGAACGGUGAAGCAUCAAUUACUUCUCUCUAACUGCAAUUAAAUUCUCCAAAUACAUCAAGAUGCCUCGUGCCAACGAAUCAACCGCCAAGGUCUUCUACAAGGGAUCUUCUGAGGACUUCGUAGUCUUUGUCGACGGCAUUGAUAUUCUCAACAACUGGCGCAAGGACCGCUCAAUCCCACUAUCCAGUGUGGUAAACGGCUUCAAGAUCUUUGUUACUCACAAGCACGGUGCUCAAGGCAUCAUGGACGGUGCUAGCAAGGGUAUCCUGGAGACCGAGUUCGGUACUUCAAACGAGGAUGAGUGCAUUAUCAAGAUCUUGGAGAACGGUGAAUACCAGGCUACUGUGACGAGGGAACGCCAGGAUGAUACCAAUGUCGCUAACGGCCCCGUUGGCAUUGCCCGGUGAUUUUUUUUUUAAAAUUUAGUGGAGCAAAGCAUGUUUUUAUGAGCCAUGGAUUGGGUUGUUUUUCGGGGUAUUUUUAUCUAAAUGUUAUUAUGUAUCUUGGGAUGGGAUGGAUGAGAAUAUGCAUGCAUAAAUCAUGGCAUCAAUGAAAUGAUUCCACUGAGUGGAACUUAUUUAUUUUUGA